AUGGAGAAUAAAGAUAAUCAGUUGCUUAAUCUCAAAGUGAUGAGGUUAAGCAAACCAUUGUUACAAGCAAAUAAUCCUGUACUCUGUGAACGCGAUGAUGUAAUAAGCGAUAUGAUACUACCACCUACUAUACAACCAGGCAACAAUGAUACGAUGGGUGGUGGAAUAGAAGGUCUUGGUAUGACCUCUAUGUUACAAUUACAAUCAGGUUUAAUCUACCUCGGAGAAAUAUUCACAAGUUAUAUAUCACUAAAUAAUCAUUCACCUCAUGAAGUAAAGAAUGUUGAAUUACAAACAACGACACAAAGAAUAUUGUUGUUGGAUAGUGAACCUAAACCCAUCCCUGUAUUUGGUCCAGGUUUCAACUCUGAUUUCGUUGUACAACGUGAAGUUAAAGAGUUUGGUGUAAAUAUAUUAUGUUGUGCAGUUACAUAUGUUACACUUGAAGGAGAAGUUAAAAAAUUUAAAAAGUUCUUUAAGUUUCAAGUUAGUAAUCCAUUGGGUAUCAAGUCCAAGAUUAUAUCGAUACCCAAUACAACGUUUGUAGAGGUGUGUUUGGAAAAUACUACACAGGGAGCACUGCUGAUUGAUACGGUCACCUUUGAAGCAGCCGAUCUCUUUACACAGAGCAAUAUGAGCGAGGUUAAGCAUAGCCAGCAACCAUCGCCGCAGCAACCACCAAUGUUGCAAUUGGCCAACAGCUUGGGAUCGAGUAAUGGCAGUGGGUGGAAGAAAUCAACCGACUCGACCAUCCAAUCGCUCAUGUCAGAGAUUAGAGCGUCGCCAGACAUUGUAUUUUUAAGAGAGGGUAACAGUAGACAAUAUCUCUUCAAGGUGAUGCCCAAGGAUCCAAACGACUUUGAAACAAAGAAUGCAGCGACAUUGGGCAAACUCGAUAUUGUGUGGCGGUCGUAUAUGGGUGAGACUGGACGUCUCAAAACCGCCCAAAUACAACGCAAGGUGUGUCUUGAAGAGGUUGAAUGCAACCUCGUGUCCAUUCCCACCGUCGAGUUGGAAAAGCCAUUCACAGUCACUGCCAAAAUCAUCAACAAAACAAAUCGUAUCCUUCAUCCACUAUUUGUACUAGUUCGUAACAAAAUGGAUGGUAUUUUAAUUAAUGGUCAUUUACCAAAGAUUGGAGCAUUACAAGCAAAUAGUUCGAUUAAUUUAGAUAUUGAAAUGUUCCCAUUGAAACCUGGAAUGCAACAAAUUAGUGGAUUGGCGAUUAAAUUAUUAGAACCGACAUUGGUAGAGUCGGGUGGAUCAAUCCGAGUCAACCCUGCUGCGCCAUCCGCCAACCCACCUCAUUCGGGAUUCGGGUCAGCUGCAGCAGCCACCUCUGCAGGAGUACCCAAGAACUUUUUCGAAUUGGGUGUAUUGGCAGAUGUAUAUGUAGAAAAUAAUAAUAGUAGUAGUAACAACAAAAAUAACAAAACACCUUUCUUUAAAGAGGUUGAUUCAACACAUGUUUUGUUAUCAUAG